AUGUCCACCGUCAAGCCUGCCCCGCCUGCUCCAGUUCCUAGGGCGACUCCCACUGCAGCUCCCGCCGGAACCACAAAGUCGGCGCGUGAACUUACGCGUGUCAGAUUCACGAUCAAAACAAUCGACCACAAGGAUACCAAUCUCGAUACCAAGCUUGACAUGCCGUCGCACAUGGGCACCGUGGUGACUGAUUACGAGUUCACGGGCGGUCUCGAGGGAUCAGGAAGGGCGGCGUACGUCAUGCUGUUCCUCGAGAACGGGGCUGAGAUGGACGGCCAAUUAGUCUUCACCGGCAAGAUUGACGGACGGAGCGGCUCAGUCGUGUUCCGCGUCACUGGCAACUGUCUCGCGUCCAUCAACCUGCGCCUCAAGAUUAUUCCAGAGAGUGCGACUGGGGAGCUGCGCGACAUCCACGGCGACGGGUGGUACUCGUCGGACAAUCCGAGUAGCGGGACGGCUGAGGGCGAGCUUGAGAUUGAGUAUUUCUAG